AUGAUGUCUGGAGAGGCUUGGUUAUACCUGUUGGCAGUGUUGAUUAACGCUGUCAACCUCUUUCUGCAGGUGUUCUUCACUAUCAUGUACAGCGACCUAGAAUGCGAUUACAUCAAUCCUAUUGAACUAUGCAACCGUCUGAACGCCUAUAUCAUCCCUGAAGCUGCGGUGCACAGUUUUUUGACGUUCCUAUUUCUCAUCAAUGGCUACUGGUUGGCUCUGGUCCUCAAUAUGCCUCUCCUCGCUUGGAAUGCCAAAAAGAUUAUGGAGAACACUCAUCUUCUUGACGCGACUGAAAUUUUCCGCAAGCUCAACAUUCACAAAAAGGAGUCAUUCGCCAAGCUCGCCUUCCAUUUGAUCAUGUUCUUUUUCUAUCUCUACAGCAUGAUUGUCGCCCUCAUUCGAGACGAAUCCGCUUAG